AUGACACUCAUAUGUAAAACAUAUGUGAUUAUGUUCACGUGUUUUUUAGUGAAAUAUAGCGUCCAGACUUUUGGAUUUACACAGUAUUAUAUAAGUAGCACUGUGCCGAAUGAACUAAUUACCCUGGUCCCUAAUAAUUACGAGAAGUAUUGUUUCUCUACGGAUUAUAAAUGGAAGCCGUGCCCGAAAUACAGAACAUCCAGUAACGAUGUAACGCCAGUGACGAAAUCAUAUAAUUUAGAAGAUCGAAUACUUUACAGUCACCGUUUUAUGGACAAAGAAUUUAAAGAUCAAGAGUUGUAUAAUUUAUUCUUGUCAAUUCCCCCAAGUGUUCCUAAAUCAAUAGGUGGCUUAUUUAGAUAUUGGAACUGGCUAUUAAAGAACACUCCAAUAGAAUUAUAUAGUGAUGAGAUUCCGCUGCCAAUACUCAAUUAUCGUAAAGGAACUGAACUGUUAUCGUCCAGGAACAACGAAAAUGAGUUGAGUUCAAGUUUCAGUCGGCUAGGAACUGACCCAAAGGAAGACCUAAUAAAUGAAUUUAUAGAUUCAUUGGAUCAACUUGAAAAGAAAUUCUACGCCACAACUUACGCAACUUUGCAAGCAAUAAGCCCUUCCGAGUAUGUAAACGGGAUCAGUUUUACACUUUCUGGAUUAUUUUUACAAAUGGCACUAGUUGCUCUUUCGACAGAAGUGGAUCAUGAAACUAGAAGAGAAUUAGAUGAGUGCACUGGCUUUUAUGUACCAGAACAGGCUAAAAUAGAAGUACUGAAAAAUAUAAUAUCAUGGCUACCUACAUCAAGUGAUCGUCUUAAAUUUCGUUACAAAACAAGAUUAGUAGUCAAACAAGGUAUUUAUGUAAGUGAAAAAUUCCUCCGAGGUGCUGCAGCAGCAGGGCGUAUCAAAGUAGAAGAUUUAAAUGAUACACAAACUCCUGAAAAACUAACAGCCACUCUUAAUCACAUGGUUGAAAUUGAUUCAGGUGGGGCUUUGCGUAAUACAUUUGAGGAAGAUGAAUUGUCUAAAGGCGUUUGUGCUGUUUUGAUGUCAACGGUUUACUUGCGAGCUCGCUGGAGAUCACCGCCCACUCUUUUAAAUGGCACGUUUCCAUUUUACGAUGACGAAAGAGCCCCCGAAAGAAACGCUCGGAUGAUUCGCAUCAAUGAUAUCAUGGGGUAUGCUGAUCUUCCAGAAUGGGAUGCUGAAGCCCUUGAGAUAAAAUAUGCAACAACUGGGUUGACUCUUGUUCUGGUAGUGCCUAAGGGGCGAAGCCUCCGAAACCUGGCGGCUCACAUGUCAACCACAAGUCUUCAAAGCAUUGUUGAUGUAAUGCAGAGCAAGCGUAUAGCAGCUACCUUACCGCUUUUUACUUUACGAAUGACUUUGCUUCUACCCGCUAAAAUGCAAACAAUGGGAAUAACGCGGCUGGUGGACAAACGGUGUGACGGUUUAAAAUUGUCUCAUGCCAUUCAGAGGAUCAUGUUUUGGUCUGAAGCUGGACGAUAUGCAUUUAAAGAUGACGGAAUAGAGUGGGAUGAAACUCCAGAGCAGAGAAUCAUUUUCAAUCGGCCAUAUUUAUUUUACGUGCGAUGGCAUAAUGUCACAAUAUUAAAUGGCAAUUUUGUACUGUGA